AUAAAUUUUAUUACCGUUUGUAAUGCAUUAAACAUUUUAAAUCAUUGGGUUUGCAACGGUAACUGAAAUUGUAACGGUAACAGCCUUAUUCAUAUUUUGUUGGCUAGUACUACCCAGCUGACCUUGUUGGCACAACUCUUUGGUCGAAAGCUGGGUUUUAGAAAGAAAAUAAAUUGCACAAAUUUAAACAAUAAAAGGCGAUUUUAUGCGCAAGUACGAGUUUUUAGUUCAUCUUUAGCUAGCUGGCUAAGGCUAGCUUAUAGAUGAACGGUAGGCCUGGUGCUUUUUUGUUUACGAGCCGGGGUUUGCACAGAAAACACUGCAAUGUCGGCAAACAUUUUAAUAACGUUUUUAAAUUGUUAAAACUCAGUAAUUUUCAUGUGAAUUUUAGCUUCUUCGUCUUCGUCUGAUUCGUCUGAUUAUUGUGCGUAGAAAAAAAUGAAAUAUUUCAUGUCGACGUGGAUUCAGUGGAGGACAUUUGCCUAACGAAUUUGUUAUAUUUUAGCUGUUUGUUGUUGUUGUUUUUUCGUUUGUUUGUUUUUGUUGUUGUUUUGUUUCCCCCCCCCUGUUCCCCGGAUUGAAUUAUAUCAUGUUACGUCUGCUGGUUAUUAAUCUUUGAAUGUCAUUGUGGGUUUCUUUAGUUCUUAGGCACAACACCAAUUUAAAACAAAACUAACGACCUCAAGAUUUGACCUUUUUUAAAAAUUCAUUUUUAUUAACUCAUGCAGCCCUCCCACACCAUCUUAAAAUUGUUAAAGCUGAUACGCCACAAGCACCAGCAUUGUGGAUAAGUUUGAUUAAUACCUGCUGGGCUGACUGACCUGUGUGCAGUAAUAUCCUUCCUGUAGUGAACUGUUUAAUAUCCCCUCAGCUUGCACAGCUCCUGAAUGCCUCUGUCUGUUUAAUGGGUGUGUGAUAUGCCCUGUGUUCCCAUGUUAUUAAAUAUAUGUGGGAGGGCAAAUGGCAGAUUAAGAAAAAAGAAGUGACGGAUUUAUUUUCUGCAUGUAAACCCAUAUUUCAAACUGGUUUGUAUUAGUUCCUGCAAGGUGCUAGGUGCUUGUUGCUUAACUAACAAGUUUUUUGCCUCUUAUUGGAUUUCUUUUUUUAAAAAAAAUUAAUCUUUAAGGUUUUCAAUAUAUUAUGUAAUAGUAACAGAUAGCAACAGUUUUCUGUCUUUGCAUUUCCAGAACAGGUUUUAAGUGCUGCUCAGUACAAAUGAGUGGCUGCUACAUCUUGAGGUCGUUGGAGCAAAUUUUAGACUUUAUUUUUGAGUUAUCCACUUAAAGAAUGGAGACAAUGUUGGUAGGUUUUAAUUUUGAUUAUAAAAUAUUCACAGUCAGUGGUUUGAUGAACACUAUGGUGACUUAAAGGCCAUUUGUCAGAAAUUAUGUAAGCAGGGUUCAUUUGGGAAAAUAUAUUGUUAAAGGAAGGCAAAGGGAAUCACAAGAAGUUACCUUCACAUCCUUACCCUUCAGUUUUAGUUGCAAUUUUAAAAAAAUGAUCAGACCCGGUUUUACCUCUCAAUUAUUCCAAAUAUUUUUUGAGGAAGUUCUUAGGAAAAGUGGCCAGAAAAACACAAAAGUGAAAGCAAAACCACUGAGCGUGAAUAUUAAUAAAAACACUGACAGUAUGUAUAAUGUGGUCUUUAACAUUCCCAUUAAUGUCAUUAGCUCAUAAAAAUAAUAAUAAUACCACAUUAAAAGUUGAAUUACCGUGCAGUUUUAAUUGCAGUCAUAUAUUCUUCAUCCUUUUCUUUUUCAUAAAGGUUAAGGUUGGACGAAGAAAAUACGGAAGAAGUCCACUUUAUUUUCAAUAAUAUGAAGCUCAGAUGUGUGAAGCUGAAUUGUUGAAUGCAUGCUAAAACAUGAGGAGGGAAGAAGUAUGGGCAGUGUGUGAGAGAUGGGGAAGUAAGAAGAAGUAAGACAAUUGAAGAAAGAAGAAUAAUGUCAAGUAAUGAAGUUACAGAAAUGAAGUUAAGGAAGUAAUCUGGAUAAGGUCACUGCGCUAAGUAAAUUUCUGGUCUGUUUGUCAAAUGCGUGCAUGUUCUUCUUAUUCAAUACACACACAUUAUUUUAAUUCAUUGCAAUUUUAUCUCACAACUGACAAUUUUCUUUUUUUUCCCACUAUUUAACAACUUAUUAAUGUAAACAUAUUGAUGUCAUAUUAUCCAUGGCUACACAGCACUCCUAUUUCACAACCCUAAAUUCAGUUUCCUUCCUGUACUCCUCACAGGAUAGUCUUAAUUCUUAAAUACACAGUGAUAUUUUGGCAAAUGUAUGUGUUGAUCACUUCAUUGGUGCUGAUAAAAAAUGUGUGUGGUUCAUUCAGGAGUCUCGCUCUGCAUCCAGGAGCGUGAGCCCACGGGGCUCUGGGAAGUCGGGGAGCCAGUCCCCAGCUCGAUCCCCUGCCCACUCAAAAGGAGGCUCCCACCGCUCCCGCUCCAAAUCUCGCUCUCGGUCAAGGUCAAAAUCUUGGGCUUCACAGCAAGAGAAUCUUGGGUUCAAACCCAGACAGGGGACUUCUCUGUGGAGCUGACAUCUUCUUCCGUUUCUCUGGCCAUUGACAAAUCUUGCAAAAGUUCAAGAGUUUCACUUCCAAGUUGCCUGCCAAUGUCUGCUUCAUGUGUCACAUUCCCACCGCUCACGGAGACACUACAGCCGAUCCCGCUCCCGAUCACGGUCCUAUCAUCACCGAUCUCACAGUAGGUCCUACAGCGGAGAGCGUCGGCGCAGAAGCCACAGCCGUUCGCCCAUGUCCAAUCGUCGCAGGCACAUUGGCAACCGUGCUAAUCCAGAUCCGAAUUGCUGCCUGGGAGUCUUUGGCCUGAGCUUGUACACCACAGAGAGGGAUCUGAGGGACGUCUUCUCCAAAUACGGCCCCCUGGAGGAUGUCUGCAUUGUGUAUGACCAGCAGUCGAGGCGCUCCAGGGGCUUUGCUUUUGUGUAUUUUGAGAACACAGAUGAUGCCAAAGAGGCGAAGGAGCGAGCCAAUGGCAUGGAGCUGGACGGGCGUAGAAUCAGGGUGGACUUCUCCAUCACAAAAAGACCUCACACCCCAACACCUGGAAUUUACAUGGGCCGGCCCACAUACGGAGGAGGCGGUCCAAGCGGUCCCCGACGCUAUUCACGUGACUACGACCGAGGUUACGACCGUGGAUAUGACCGAGGUGGAUACGACCGCUAUGAUGACAGGGACUACUACAGAUCAUACAGAAGGCGAUCUCCUUCACCGUACUACAGAGGCGCUUACAGGUCUCGAUCGAGGUCACGGUCUUAUUCUCCCCGUCGAUAUUGAAGGCUUCUGUCCCCUUAUCUUCCCAAACAUGUGCAGAUUUUUUUUUUUUUUGGGGGG